GAAGAAUGAUGGGUCAUUCCUUUCUUCACGGGGGACCAUGUUUGUCGGGCAUUAGUACAGCCAUCAUCCAUGUCCUUUUUGGUGGCUCACCCGAAACGGCGACAAUUCAAAUUAAGGAUUGUCCGGAUGUUGACAUCCGCACCACCAUUCAGCUGCUUGAAGGCACAGCGGAUUUGACAGAACAGGAAAAAGCAAGUGUUCCUGAGCUAGCCCUGUCCUGGGAUCUUCCAGGUGUUACGCAAACCAAUCGAAAGUGGCUGUAUGAACGUCUUUUAUUCCAUGCUGUCAUAACACGAACAAGCCGUCAAGUCAAGCAGCUCAGGAAGGGGCUGAAGGAGACCUUGGUGUGGCCACUUCUGGUAGAGAGACCAGACAUCAUACCUUUGUUUUUACCAAGGGAAUCAGAGACUGCUCCCUCCUCAUCAUGUGAACAACGAAAAGCCCUUCUCAAAUUCUGGACUGGAUGGGAAGUACUGCCCGGAGAAAUGAGUGUUGAAGUGGUGAACAGCCAAAGUUUCCCAAAGUCUUCCACCUGUUUUGAGGUGCUACGUAUUCCUGCACGUUACCAAAACUACGAGUCAUUUUUUGUGGACAUGCAGGCAUGUCUCACCUCCAUCGAUACAGGUUUUGGUCUGGUUUAGGGGGAGCUUUACAACACUUGAUUGUUAGUCUUUAAAAGAUUCCGUGUUCCACUGUAUUUCUGAUGUACUGUAAGUUCCGAUGUAGUUUUACAAGUUUUGUUCUGUUACAGUCAAAGAUUCUGAUAAAUAUUUAGGUUUCAUGUAUAAAAAGAGACAUGUCAGAAGUUAAGUUUUGUUACAAAAAAUGUAAGUCUCGAGUCAUGACAUUUCCCCCAUUAUUUUUCACACCAUUAUGCUCAAGUUUAUAAGGAUAGAAAAUUUGUUUUCAGGUUAUUUUAUGAUUAUUUUACCAUAUGUACAGAACUGAAAGGGUAAAAUGUAAUUUGAGUUUUUACUCAUUUUGUUCAGUUCUAGAAAAAAGAUUACAUGCAACAAUCACUGUACAUUACAGACCUUUAUUAAGAUGAGAAAUUCAGGUCACACAGUUUCUUUACUUGCAACACAUUCAAACUUGAGAUUAAAGUUGUUAAAAUCAGACAUGAGUGGUUUAACAUGUACUUCUUCUAUAAAUGAAGCAUUUUUAAAACAUCAUUCUGAGUGCAUGAAUAGUUUCAAAGUAAGACUGGCCCAGAGGAACAUUGGUAUUUGGCAAUGCUGAAAGUUCUCGUUCAUUCAAUGUACGUGGUAGCUGGAUCUCAGGAACGAUGACUUCAGUUAAUGGAGGGUGAUUAUGUGGUCCUGUCCAGUCCACGCCUUUGUCCUCAUUCACCUGACAUGUGAGACAUGCUAAGCUGAAGAACUGCAUUUUGCUGUUUAACCAACUAAUACAUUUCCAUUGCUCAGCAUAAAUUUUCAUGCAAGUUAAAAUAUGGAUCAAACUCAGUUGUACCUCUGAAAUGUCUUGGCCCUCUCGUCUGUGCUGCAA